AUGGCCACUUUUGGACCCUCCCCCACUGGUGUCCACGUUACUCCUGUGUCCGCGUUACUCCUGUGUCCGCGUUACUCCUGUGUCCGCGUUACUCCUGUGUCCGCGUUACUCCUGUGUCCGCGUUACUCCUGUGUCCGCGUUACUCCUGUGUCCGCGUCACUCCUGUGUCCGCGUCACUCCUGUGUCCGCGUCACUCCUGUGUCCGCGUCACUCCUGUGUCCGCGUCACUCCUGUGUCCUGUGUCGCGUCACUCCUGUGUCCGCGUCACUCCUGUGUCCGCGUCACUCCUGUGUCCGCGUCACUCCUGUGUCCGCGUCACUCCUGUGUCCGCGUCACUCCUGUGUCCGCGUCACUCCUGUGUCCGCGUCACUCCUGUGUCCGCGUCACUCCUGUGUCCGCGUCACUCCUGUGUCCGCGUUACUCCUGUGUCCGCGUUACUCCUGUGUCCGCGUCACUCCUGUGUCCGCGUCACUCCUGUGUCCGCGUCACUCCUGUGUCCGCGUCACUCCUGUGUCCGCGUCACUCCUGUGUCCGCGUCACUCCUGUGUCCGCGUCACUCCUGUGUCCGCGUCACUCCUGUGUCCGCGUCACUCCUGUGUCCGCGUCACUCCCUGUGUCCGCGUCACUCCUGUGUCCGCGUCACUCCUGUGUCCGCGUCACUCCUGUGUCCGCGUCACUCCUGUGUCCGCGUCACUCCUGUGUCCGCGUCACUCCUGUGUCCGCGUCACUCCUGUGUCCGCGUCACUCCUGUGUCCGCGUCACUCCUGUGUCCGCGUUACUCCUGUGUCCGCGUUACUCCUGUGUCCGCGUUACUCCUGUGUCCGCGUUACUCCUGUGUCCGCGUUACUCCUGUGUCUGCGUUACUCCUGUGUCCGCGUUACUCCUGUGUCCGCGUUACUCCUGUGUCCGCGUUACUCCUGUGUCCGCGUUACUCCUGUGUCCGCGUUACUCCUGUGUCCGCGUUACUCCUGUGUCCGCGUUACUCCUGUGUCUACGUUACUCCUGUGUCCGCGUUACUCCUGUGUCCGCGUUACUCCUGUGUCCGCGUUACUCCUGUGUCCGCGUUACUCCUGUGUCCGCGUUACUCCUGUGUCCGCGUUACUCCUGUGUCUACGUUACUCCUGUGUCCGCGUUACUCCUGUGUCCGCGUUACUCCUGUGUCCGCGUUACUCCUGUGUCCGCGUCACUCCUGUGUCCGCGUCACUCCUGUGUCCGCGUCACUCCUGUGUCCGCGUUACUCCUGUGUCCGCGUCACUCCUGUGUCCGCGUCACUCCUGUGUCCGCGUCACUCCUGUGUCCGCGUCACUCCUGUGUCCGCGUUACUCCUGUGUCCGCGUUACUCCUGUGUCCGCGUUACUCCUGUGUCCGCGUUACUCCUGUGUCCGCGUUACUCCUGUGUCCGCGUUACUCCUGUGUCCGCGUCACUCCUGUGUCCGCGUCACUCCUGUGUCCGCGUCACUCCUGUGUCCGCGUCACUCCUGUGUCCGCGUCACUCCUGUGUCCGCGUCACUCCUGUGUCCGCGUCACUCCUGUGUCCGCGUCACUCCUGUGUCCGCGUCACUCCUGUGUCCGCGUUACUCCUGUGUCCGCGUUACUCCUGUGUCUGCGUUACUCCUGUGUCCGCGUUACUCCUGUGUCCGCGUUACUCCUGUGUCCGCGUCACUCCUGUGUCCGCGUCACUCCUGUGUCCGCGUCACUCCUGUGUCCGCGUCACUCCUGUGUCCGCGUCACUCCUGUGUCCGCGUCACUCCUGUGUCCGCGUCACUCCUGUGUCCGCGUCACUCCUGUGUCCGCGUCACUCCUGUGUCCGCGUCACUCCUGUGUCCGCGUCACUCCUGUGUCCGCGUUACUCCUGUGUCCGCGUUACUCCUGUGUCCGCGUUACUCCUGUGUCCGCGUUACUCCUGUGUCCGCGUUACUCCUGUGUCCGCGUUACUCCUGUGUCCGCGUUACUCCUGUGUCCGCGUUACUCCUGUGUCUGCGUUACUCCUGUGUCCGCGUUACUCCUGUGUCCGCGUUACUCCUGUGUCCGCGUUACUCCUGUGUCCGCGUUACUCCUGUGUCCGCGUUACUCCUGUGUCCGCGUUACUCCUGUGUCCGCGUCACUCCUGUGUCCGCGUUACUCCUGUGUCCGCGUUACUCCUGUGUCCGCGUCACUCCUGUGUCCACGUCACUCCUGUGUCCGCGUUACUCCUGUGUCCGCGUUACUCCUGUGUCCGCGUUACUCCUGUGUCCGCGUCACUCCUGUGUCCGCGUCACUCCUGUGUCCGCGUUACUCCUGUGUCCGCGUUACUCCUGUGUCUACGUUACUCCUGUGUCCGCGUCACUCCUGUGUCUACGUUACUCCUGUGUCUACGUUACUCCUGCAUACACUUCAGGAAGUCAGGCGUAA